AUGACGGAUACCUUGAACCCUCCCCUCUCAUAUGAGGCAUCUGCCACGACAACCCAUCCACAUGUGGCAACUACGUUGCCCCAAGAGGUCAUCGCAUGCUUGAAGAAUUCACGAUUUCUUCACCUGGCAACAUGUGACGGUCUGACCCCUCAUGUCUCUCUCAUGUCCUAUACCUACCUGCCCUCGACGCCUUACGACCAGUAUCCAACGAUUAUCAUGACCACAAAUCCUUCCUCUCGCAAGACCAAUCAUCUUCUGACCAAUCCGCGAGUUUCCCUGCUUGUCCACGAUUGGGUGUCACACCGUCCGCCCACUCGUGCACCCAACCCCGGAGGUCAGCGCGACGGAUCCCCGCCUCCGGCUGCGACCCGUUCGUCCUUGGCCAGCCUCCUGUUGAAUCUGAACACGAGCGCAUUAUCAAGCAUCUCUACCACCAUCGCCGGUUCGGCUCGUGUGCUGGAGCCUGGCUCUGAGGAGGAGGCUUGGUGCAAAGAGCAGCAUCUGGAGAAUAACACUUUCGAGGAGGAAAUGGGGCUCUUCGGCCAGCAGCAGCAGCAACAACCCGGCCAACGGAGGCCCAGCAUCGCUAUCGACGAUGACGUCCGGGUGGUCACCGUCCGGGUACGUGAGGGUCGAAUUGCAGACUGGAAAGGAGGCGUACGGGACUGGCAGGUUGUCCUGGAAGGUGAAGGCCAGUCUGCGCCGCUGGUCAAUGGGACUUUGGAGUCGCAAUAG